GUCCGACCAGUGACCAGAGCAAUUGUUCAGUUGUUCAUGUAGCAAAGAACCGUUCAAGAUGGCAUCUCAAUAUAUACCAUACAAUCAAUCCAAAUGGUCGGCGCACGUAUCACUUGAAAGGAAUCUUGACCUCUAUCUCUUAUACGGCCUAGACAAUUCACGAACCUCCACUACACCUAAGUACAUCUCAUAGCGAUUACGACCAUGCCGUACCACCACCUCCCCACAACAACCUCUUCUGGGAAACCCCGUUCUUCCGGCUCUUUGAAAUCGCUCAUCCUGAGUACGAUCUGUUUGGGCCUAUUAUGCCUGUCUUCGGGCGCUUUGGCGCGAUCGGGAGAGGGAGAAGGGUCUUCGGUGGCAGAGCAAUUUGGACUUCAUACCGCUCAGGGGGAUGUUAGCCAUUGUUGGAAACAAUGUAACCACGACGUGACCGAAUCCAUCCCCGCUCCCUGGACGCAUGAGACCAACCUCAACCAGUGGAGCUUUAUCAGUAAAAACUGUCUGUAUGACGUUUACCUGGAGACGAUGGCCAAGUGUCUGGUGGUCAAAUGUGAGAGCAGUUGGGACGUACAGUAUGCGGUCGAGUAUGGGGAGGGGAUGUGCAAGAAGGCGGGACACGAAGUACAAUACCGCCUCCCGCCUACUUAUACGGAAACCGCAGGAGGAUACUUUGCUACAGCUAUACCCCGCACACUAUCCGCCCGAGCUAACAGCUCGCCGAGGGAUACCCACGCUCGAUCGGGGUCGAUGGGAAGCGUUGGGGUUGUCGUCGGGAUCAUCUUUGGGAUCAGCCUUUUAGGGUUCUGAUUCUAGGUCGAUACAGGCGAACCGAUUCGCUCGUAGGUCUUGGGAAAAGAGAUGAAGGGUAUAGGCAGGAGGAAUUAUGACAAGCAUACGAUUAGUACGUCCCGAUGAGGACGUCGGGUGGCUAGAUCAGGUAAAUUGUAACAGGCUGUAUUUGUAGUCGGAUGCGAGGCUAUAUGAUAGAUGGAUUCGGUCAAUAAUCAUCUCAUCCGAGAUCU